CAAUUGGUGUGCUCACAGAAUGUUACAAGAAAGACAAUAAGAAGGCCCACGAUAUAUUGAUAAAAACACUCGAGAAUCCAUUUGAUAAAAUAAGGCCGUUAGAGUUGGCGAACAGUAAUUAUCUCAAGGAGUUCAUGGGGCACGAUUGUUGUCAGACGAAACUCAACAUCAUUUGGAGAGGAAAAAUUACAGUUGAUAUGCCCUGGUGGAAGAUCCUCCUGGCGCUUUUCAUGCCAAUUUUCAUAUUUUUGAUCAAGUUCACCACGAAUAAUGGACCAUUUAAACCUAAGACAUUGUGCUGCAAGAAACACAAAAAGAAAAAAGAAUCGCACAUGAUGGAGCCGGAACUGGAAAUGACUAUGAAGGGACCGGAACAGGACCCGGGCAUGAAGGAACAGAAACGGGAACCGGAACGGAGAAAAAUAGACUCCUAUUUAAAGAAGUAUCCAUCGUCAAAGCCGCAGUUGUAUCCUGUUGGUAUUCUCCGCAAGAACCAAGAGCGAAUUAUACACAUUACUGAUGCCAUGUAUUAUUUGUACACAGCGCCUUUUUCAGUGUACUCUUUUAACUUGCUGUCCUAUGUGAUUUUCAUUAUAUACUUCUCUCACUUCAUCAUGGUCGACCUGAAUGAGGAAGCUUCCUUUAAGGCUGGGUCCUAACAAUGUUCUUAGAGGAAACGAGAGAGAGUGUCAAGAAUAUAACGCUUGAUAGACUCAUGGGUCGAAUACAAUAUUGGUUUGGAUCACAGUGGAACAAGUUUGACGCGAUCUUAUACGUUUUUUUUAUCACGACUAUUGCGACGAGAUAUAGUCUUUCAGGAAAUAACUUUCAGUA